AUGACAUCAAUCCAAAUCUCAUCGGUCACAUUCGAACACCAUCCCACCGGGUUCGGCAUUGGCCAUGCCAGGCCUCGAGUUUCAUGGCGCUUCUCCAGUUGUGACGACGUGGAGAACUGGGUACAAGAGUCUUAUGAGAUCCAAGUCGGUCGGCAUCAUGACACUGGCGCAAAACCCCACCACAUUGUGAGCUCCGAGUCAGUCCUGGUGCCCUGGCCCGACCAUCCACUCCGAUCGCGAGAAUCUGUUUGGGUAAAGAUCCGGUCUCAUGGCAAAGCCACAGAUAUAGCAGGUCACGUCACGACUGAUAGCACUGAGUGGUCUAGCCCUGCCAUCGUCGAGGCUGCGCUACUUGACGUGGAAGACUGGACAGCAAAGCUGACAACUUCGACAGUCACGCCCAACAAGAACGAGCCGAGACGACCCUUGUUGUUCCGAAAGGUCUUUCCUUUACCUCAGGACUCGGGAGCCAUCUCCAAAGGCCGCCUUCACAUCACAGCUCACGAGGAAAUGGCACCUGGCUGGUCCAGGUACAACCACAGGCUCCUCUAUCAGACUUUUGAUGUGACGGCGUCACUGGCUCCGGGCGGCAACCCCAACAUAUUUGGAGUAGAAGUUGCCGAGGGCUGCCCAACUCGAAAUCCUCGUACACACUGGUCUCGGACAGCACUUGGAAAUCUCACAAAAGUGCCACGACUCGCAGUGAAAUUUAUGAUGGAGAGGAUUACGACUCCCGUGAAAAUCUUCAAGUCGGAGUCUGGCAAGACUCUUGUCGACUUUGGCCAGAAUCUAGUCGGAAAGCUUCUUGUGCACCUCCCGGCAGUGUCGAACGUGACGACAAACGUCGACAGACAGACGUUGUCAUUCAGCCACGCCGAGGUACUCGAGCGUAACGAGCUUGGGACGCGUCCUCUCAGAGGGGCUAAAUCAGUCGACAACGUCGUCUUGUCUCACAAUCAGCCGUCUGCUUGGUCCCCAAAGUUCACUUUCCACGGCUUCCGUUACGUUCAAAUAGACGGUUGGCCGACCGAUGAUGGAAUGCCCAGUAGUGACGAGAUCUCGGCGCUCGUUUUGUACAGCGACAUGAGACGCACGGGAUGGUUCUCAUGCUCUGACCCUCUCAUCAAUCAACUUCACGACAAUGUUCUUUGGAGUAUGAAGGGCAACUUCUUUUCUCUGCCAACCGAUUGUCCUCAGCGUGAUGAGCGGCUUGGUUGGACGGGCGAUAUCCAGGUAUUCACCCCCUCGGCCAGUUUCAUCUUCGACACCAAAGGAUUCCUCGGGAGCUGGUUUGAAGAUGUCUUGGAUGAGCAGCUUGAAGAGGGCAGGAAUGGAGUUCCAGGCCUAGUGGUCCCUGACAUCCUUCCAAAUCCCCCCAAUCCGCCUGGGCCGCAGUGUGCAUGGCAUGAUGCUACCGUACUGACACCGUGGGACUUGUACAACAGCUCAGGUGAUGUAGAGAUCCUCCGCAGGCAAUUUCCGAGUAUGAAGGCCCGGGUGGAUAAGGGUAUACCGCGAGGUCCGAAUGGAUUGUGGGAUCAGAAUGUCUGGCAGUUCGGUGACUGGCUGGACCCUGCCGCUCCGCCGUCUGAACCAGGGAACGGCCGCACCGAUAGCACUCUCGUCGCUGAUGCCUACCUGGUCCGAGUGCUGGAGACCAUCGCCAAAGUCAGCUCACUUCUCGGAGAGACGGAAGAUGUGGAUCGCUAUCACAAAGACGCUUCAAGUACCAGAAAGGCCUUUGGGCGAGAAUAUAUCACACCAUCGGGCCUUCUUGUCGGAGACACACAAACAUCAUAUGCUCUCGCCAUUUCCUUUGGGCUCUUCGACGAUAAAAACCACGUUGCAAAAUCUUCGGGUCGCCUCAGCCACUUGGUCCACGCAGCCAAAUAUCGAAUAGCUACUGGCUUCAUUGGAACGCCCUUGAUCACUCAUGCACUCUCAGACACGGGCCAUUACCAGCUGGCCUAUCGCAUGCUUCUAGAGAAGAGCUGCCCAUCUUGGCUCUAUCCGAUCACAAUGGGUGCAACCACCAUUUGGGAAAGAUGGGAUAGCAUGCUUCCAGAUGGAUCCAUCAACCCAGGAAAAAUGACCAGCUUUAAUCAUUACGCUUUGGGCUCUGUUGCCAACUGGCUGCACAAAAAUGUCGGUGGUAUCAGCCCCCAAACACCUGGAUGGCAAACGAUCAGGGUGAGACCACUUCCAGGUGGAACAAUUACGAGUGCAAACGUAGCAUAUGAGGGUCCUUAUGGGCGGAUCGAAUGCUCGUGGAAGAUCAGUAAGAUCAAUGACACGUUUAGCAUGACUGUCGUCGUCCCUCCCAAUUCAAAAGCUGUGGUUAUACUGCCAUCUGAUUGGAAAGAGACACAGCAAGAUGGAGAGGAGAAAAGUUCCCUGAUCGGAUCUGGCAGACACCAGUUUUCAUGCCCCUACAAGCCAGCUAAAUGGCCUCCAGAGGCAGAGUUUGCUCGCUCCACGUUUCACCUAGAGGUAUAA